AUGUCAAACAGUAAGCGUAUGAAGUAUGAAGGUCCUUCCACCAGUCAAAUGGGGAACGAUACUAAGCUCGAUAAGUCUCCGUAUGUACCUGGAUUAACCAAAGCAAUAAUCCUAGGAAAAAGAGGUUCCAUGCAUGAGUUUGAUGGCACUCCACAAAUUUUAACGAUUAUGGUGAAACCAACAUGCAAUUAUUGA